CGACGACAACGACAACGGCAACGGCAACGGCGACGGCGACGGCGACGGCGACAACGACGACGACGAUGGCAGAAGCAGGAGCAGGAGUAACAGCAGCGGCAGCGGCAGCGGCAGUAGUUGUCGUACUUUUCGUCGUAGUAAAUGUAAUAGCAGUGGUAAUAGUAGUAGUAGUAGUAGUAGUAGUAGUAGUAGUAGUAGUAGUACUAGUUGAUAGUAACAGCGACAAUAGCAAUAGCAGCAGCAGAAACAGCAACAGCAGAACGAUAAAACGUUGUCGAUUAUCCACAUUCGCGGCAGCAAAGACAAGGCAGGCCACGGGCCAGGCCAGGCGCGACCGAAACCGCGAUAGACCCGACGGGUAUAUAAAAACAACGUAAGCCGAUGAAGAUAUAGGACCACUCGCGUUAUAUCGAAUAACCCCACGUGUUUACGGCGUUAUAUCCAAUUAUCCCAACAUCUAUAAUAUAAUAUUACUAUUCCGAAAUUGUCCUUCCUCAAGAUAACUUAUAUAUUCUUAGGAGGAUGCUCCGCGUUGAAAAGUCUCGGCUCUCUCGAGAUCCGUUCACAUGCUCGCGUUAAAAAAGGCAUCGGGUACUUGCUGCUUAUAUCCCUCUCUCUCUCUCCUUUACCGAACCUAAUGUCGCAUUUCUAUGUAAACCGUAUAUCUUUAUAAUUUCAACUCUUAUACUAUUCUAUUAUUGGUUCUUUUCUCGCGGCAAAUCGUACCGAUAUUCGAAUACGUUUCUUUCAACGAUAAAAUAAAGAACUUUCUGAACGCUUUAAAACAUUUAUCAUAUGAAUUUCGUCGAGGUUACGUUUUUUGACCAAUCAUCGUACUCCCUUUAAUGGACUUGCGCGUUUUAAAUUGGACAAUUCGCACGACGACAACGACGACGACGAUAACACAAUGAGAUUUAAAAUAUCUGCUCAAAGUAGUAAUGGUCACAAAAAUUUAGUUACAUGUGUAGCUUGGAGUUCAGCAGAGGAAAUAUUUUCCUGCGGAGAGGAUCAUUUACUAAUAUGCUGGUAUUUAGAAAGUGGAAAUGCACAUUCGACUGUUAUCACAGAAUUUCCAUCGGAUUUCUUUCCUACUUCAAUGCAAUGGCAUCCACGUCCUAAUCAUUUAAUAACAGCCAGUAAAAAGCAAUCGUUAGAUAUACUUUUAAUCACUACAGCAGACGGAAGAUUUCAUUUAGUUAAUAAAAAUGGUCGUAUUGAAAAAAGUAUAGAAGCUCACAAAGGUGCUGCUACAAUUGGCAAAUGGAGUACAGAUGGUUCAGUAUUGCUUACAGCUGGAGAGGAUGGUCUAAUAAAAGUUUGGUCACGUAGUGGUAUGCUUCGUUCUGUAAUAGUCAGAGGCAAUACAUCUAUUUUAACAUCAGACUGGAGUCCAGAUUGUUCUAAAAUAUUAUAUUCACAGGGAGGAUAUUUAUUUUUCCAAUCGCUCAAUUCCAAUUCUAAACCUUAUAAGUGGCAUGCUCAUGAAGGUCUUGUCUUGACUGUUUGCUGGAAUCAUAAUCAUGGAUUCAUUAUUUCUGGUGGAGAAGAUUGUCGUUAUAAAGUUUGGGAUUUUAAUGGUAGUUUAAUUUAUAAUAGUAGUCCUGGUGAUCAUCCUAUUACAGCAGUUAGUUGGUGCAACUCGGGCGAUUAUUUUGCCAUUGGAUCUUUUAACAUAAUUAAACUUUGUGAUAAAACUGGGUGGUCUCAUUCUUUAGAAAAAAUUAAUGCUGGGAGUGUAUACAGUAUAGCAUGGUCUAGCGACAGUACUCAGGUAGCUAUAACUUGUGGAAAUAAUGUUUUAACUGGCCAUGUUAUAGGCAAAAGACUCGAAUGGAAUAAUUAUGAAGCUACCUUAAUUAAAAGGAAAGUAUUAGAAAUUAGAGAAGUUGGUAAUGAAGUUCAUGAGAUUAUAGAAAUAUCUGAUCGUGUAGUUCUAUUGGCAUUUGGUUUUGAUCAUUUAAUUGUGAUUACUCCAGGUCAAUGUCACAUUUAUUCUGUUACAAAUUGGAAUACACCAGCAAUAUUUGACUUAAAAAGUAGUUCUGUAUCAGCAGUCAUUCUUGCAAAUAAACAUUUUUUAUUAGUGGAAUGGAACUCUAUAACGUUGUACAAUUAUCAAGGUCGUUUAUUAGGUGUCCCUAAAUGGAAGGGUAUGACACAAGAACCUCUUUAUUCACCUUGUAUAUCUUUAUGCUUUGAUACUCUUGUUGUUAGAGAUCAGAAAAAUGAAAAAUUACUACAUGUUUUAGAAAUAUCAUAUAACAAGCCAAUUGUUGAAAGUCAAUCGCAUUCUCAUCCUCAGAAUAUUACUCAAUUGGCAUUAAACCAUAUUGGAAAUACCAGUGAUCGACAAUUAGCACUUAUUGAUAUUACUAAAGAUUUAUAUUUAAUUUCCAUAAGAGCAACAGGUUAUGGACGUGCAUGUAAAAUAGCUGCUAUGGCACAAAAUGUUAUAUGGGCUAUCGAUGCAAAUGUAUUAGCAGCAAUGUUAGAUGCUACUUUAUCUGUAUGGUUGUGUCCUAAUUGUGUACAUUAUAGCGAUCGCAAAAUUAUACGACGUACUAGAAUCGAUAAAGAGAGCAGUGAAUUUGGUAAACAACCAACUAUUGUCAGUGUUUACAAUGGUAUGGUCAAUGUAAGACGUGGAGAUGGUGCUUUAGUUUCAUCCCAAUUUUAUACUUUUUUCACUAGCUUGCAUCAGCUUAUAUUACAGAAAAAAUGGAAAGAAUCUCUUUCACUCUGUCGCAUUGCUCAGAAUGAGAUAUUAUGGACGUGCAUGGCUAUUAUGGCAACAGAUAAUAAAGAAUUGAACGUUGCAGAAGAAGCAUAUGCAGCUAUUAAAAGAUAUGAUAAAGUUGAUUAUAUUCGAUAUAUCAAAAAUUUACCUAAGAUAACAGAAAGAUAUGCAGAAAUGGCAUUAUUAUCCGGUGAUUUGUUAGCAGCCGAAGGUAUACUUUUACAAAAUGGAUUAAUUGAAGAAGCCAUUACAUUAAACAUAAAAGUUUACAAUUGGAAUAGAGCACUUGAACUUGCCAUAAGGCAUAAGAAACAAAUGGAUGAAGUUUUAAAUGCAAGAGGAGAUUAUUUAAAAACAUUAAAAAAGGAAGAAACAAAUUCAAGUUAUUUAGCUGCAAUGAAUAAUAUAUCUUCAUCUUUGGUACAACAGGUUGUUAUUGAUACUAAAGCAUCAUCGUCAAUAGAGUGAAAUUAUUUGAUGAUAUUAUUAAAAUAUGUAAUAAAAUAGAAAUGUUUUAAUAAUUUCUAUCGUCAUUUUUAUAAAUUAAUUUUCCAAUAAAUCAUUAUAUAUCGAUAUUAAAUCAUUACAACUGUAAUUACAUUUGAUUUUAUCUACAUUGAAUUGUAUAUUUCGGAAUAGAAGAUGCGCAAACGUUUGUGUAUACGUAUGUAUGUAUGUAUUAGUGAAAUGAUUGCGACAGGUGGUCGUAUCCGGUAUAGACGCUACAGUGGUAAAGAAUUUUCUGUCUACGUAUUAAAUCUAUAACGACGAAGAGUGCAUCAAAGUUAUACGGAAUAUUUUCCAAAGGUCAAUGAACCUUAAAUGACGAUAUUUUAAUCGAUAUUCGCUAACUAUAAUUAAAAACUAUUAAAAAAAAUUAAUUAAAUUUCAUUUUCUCUAUGUA